AUGUCUUUCUUAAAUAAAUUAUCAAUAAAUUUUGGCUCUUUAUUAAAUGAAGCAUAUGAUUAUAAUGUGUUGAUAUCUGUUGGAAGUAAACCAAAUACUAAAGAAUUCAAAGCUCACUCUAGUGUUUUAAGAGUCCGUUCACUUUAUUUUGAACACGAGUUUUCAAAUAAAUGGAUAAAUCAAAAAAAUAAUAUAAUUGAACUUCCAAAGAUUGACCCUGUAGUUUUUUCUUUGUUGCUCAAUGGUGGUUAUAAUAAUAGUAUUUUUAAUUUUGGAUGUGGUGAUUUAAUGAUGAAUAAUAAUUGUAUUAGUUGUAAUGGUGGCAGCAAUAAUUACAAACAGCUUAAUUUACUCAAUAAUAAUUCAAAUAAGUUUUAUGCAAGUGAAAUUGAGGCAUUCAAAGUGCAACUUAAUGGAUAG